UUUAUUUUCACUAAAAUCGAAUAAAAUCAAAUCAAUUUUGCCCUAAUUUCACUCUGUAUUUAUACAAUUUUCACAAAUUCAGCCAGAUUUGUUGCUGAUUUACUAAAUUAAAUUUGUGCCUUUUGUUUAUUUACACAUACAGAACACAAUUUUGGUGUUUAAUUGUGCUGAUUUUACAAAUAAUUUUUUUUUAAAAAAAAUGAUUCCGGAAAAUUCAGUAGCGACGGAAGAGUUGCCGGAGAGAAGGUUUUGGGAUUUAAGAGGAGUACAGUGGCGUACUGAUUUAGGAGUUUUGCCGGAAAAUUCUGGAGUUGAUGAAGUUCGCCGUGUUACUGCUAAUUCUCGCCGGAGGUAUGCUGCAAUAAGGAGGAAGCUUCUCAUUGAUCCUCCUGUCCCGAAAGAUGGAAACAAUUUUGCUGAUCUUGCUAUGGACAAUCCGUUAUCACAAGACCCGGAUAGCAUGUGGGGUCGGUUUUUCCAAAAAGCCGAGUUAGAGAAAAUGGUUGACCAAGAUUUGUCACGAUUGUAUCCUGAACAUGGUAGCUACUUCCAGACUCCCGGAUGCCAAGGCAUGUUAAGACGAAUUUUGUUGCUUUGGUGUAUUAGACAUCCAAAUUACGGGUACAGACAAGGAAUGCAUGAACUCUUGGCUCCAUUAUUGUACGUUCUUCAGGCAGAUGUAGAGCGCCUUUCUGCUGUGCGAAAAUUAUAUGCACAUUACUUCACUGAUAAUUUUGACGGAUUCUCAUUUUACGAGACUGAUUCAGCUUAUAAAUCUAACUUGAAACAGCUGUCUCAACAUAUAGAAGAUGAUAACGAAAUCCAAGAGAAUCAAGUUAAGUUUUGUAACCCUAAUGAACUUGAUCCCAAGAUACAAACCAUCAUUUCAUUUAGUGAUGCUUAUGGGGCCGAGGGCGAAUUGGGUAUUGUUUUAUCUGAAAAAUUCAUGGAACAUGAUGCUUAUUGUAUGUUUGAUGCAUUGAUGAAUGGUUCUGGUGGCGUGGUCUCAAUGGCAAGCUUUUUCUCCCCUAAUCCAUUAAAUGGGCCACAAAACGGUUUGCCACCUGUAAUAGAAGCAUCUUCCGAGCUAUACCACUUGCUUGCAAUCGUCGAUUCGUCUCUUUACACUCAUUUUAUUGAGCUUGGAGUUGAACCGCAAUAUUUUGCUCUUCGAUGGUUACGGGUUCUUUUUGGGCGUGAGUUUGCUCUUGAGGACCUUUUGGUAAUAUGGGAUGAAAUAUUUUCAUUUGGCAACAUUAAACUAAAUACAGUUUCCGAAAAUGACUCUGAUAUCACCUUUGGGGUGCUUAAUUCGCCUCGAGGGGCUUUCAUUGCAUCCCUUGCCGUUUCAAUGAUUCUUUAUAUACGAUCAUCUAUUCUUGCCACUGAAACCGCCACUUCAUGCCUCCAAAGAUUAUUAAACUUCCCGCAGGAUGUGAAUUUGGGCAAACUGUUAAAGAAAGCUAAUUCUCUAAUGACGGUUGCUAUUGAUGCUAUGAGAUCGGCCCCACGUCGAGUAGCUAGUGAUGGGGUUCAUGAGCGGGCCAAAUUGAAGGGCUUCAGAGGUCACAGUCUGUCAUCUGAUGCAGCUGCUUUGGGAAGCCCUUUAAGCUCAGUGCGUGAUAGCUACUGGGAAGAGAAAUGGAGGGUGUUGCAUAAAGAAGAAAAACAAAAGCAAAUGAACCCACAAAAGAAAAGUCAAAGUCAACUCAAAGGUUGGUCGGAAAAAGUUAAGUCACGGUUAUUGCGAACGGAAUCUGACCCAUCUUCUUCAAAAGCGUUUCGUGAAAAAACGAGCACUUCCAGACCACAGGUUAGGAGAAAGUUGCUGGAUGAUUUAUCCCGACAGCUUGGUCUAGAAGAAGAAAUCGAGAAUGAAAAAGCCGUGAGUGGAAAUGGUGGCAGUGAAGAGAGCUCAUCUAUUUUCUCUGGUCCUUCUAGUCCUAUACGUGCUGAUGCUGCUACUGAUAAUGACCAUGAAAAUGACACUGAUCAAAGUAGUGUAGCUUCAAAUUUAAUAGUUGAUGAAAGCGAUCUGGACCCUGAGCCCGAACCUGAACCCAAGCCUUGUAUUGCAGUGGAGGCGUCUAUUGCUUGUACUGCAGUGGAGGCGUCUAUUACUUGUACUUCAGUGGAUUCAUCUAGUGAUAUUCAGGAAGUGGAUGAAAACAAGCACAAUCUGGUUUCUGAUCCCCCUGAAGAUGCACCUUUGAAGGCAGUGGAGAAUCAAGACUCUAUAGGGAAGUCCGGAUCUAAUUUGAAAGACAGGAUACUUUCCUCGGGAAAGUUUCAGUGGUUUUGGAAGUUUGGAAAAAACGGGGUUGAUGGUUCUUUUGAGUCAACAAACUGUUCUAUGGUGGGCCGUGAUCAGAAAAGUGAAGUGCCGCCUUCUACAAAGGAUGUGACAAGCAAAGGAGAAUCCGUGAACCAAAAUAAGACGUAUUCUUUGAAGAAUCUUGGCCAAUCUAUGGUUGAAAAUCUUCAGGUAAUUGAAUCAGUAUUCCAGCAAGAAAAGUAUGAAGCAGGGCAUGUAGAUAGCUCGUCAAAAAAGGCGCUGGUAGACAGAGGUCAAAUGACGGCCACCGCAGCUCUAAAAGAGCUUCGUAAGAUUAGCAAUAUUCUAUCAGAAAUGUGAGCUUAUCUUUUGUAUAUAUAUACAUAUACAUUCUUAGUACCAUCCUUCAUCUUGAGAGAGCAAUAAGCGUAUAAUAGUAAUAAAAGGCUAUUCUCAGCUUCUUAUGUCCACUCUCAUAGUAUAGAUUAAGCUUCAUUAUGUACCGACAGAGUUACAAUUAAAUUUAAAUGUAGAUAUAUUCAAAUCA